GGACGAUGAAACUGAAUCAAAAUUAAAACCUAUCGCAUCAUCGGAAUACCAUAGUCUUCGUAUGCGCAAUCGAGCGCCGUAGAACAAUGGCUCCGGAAUCGAUCUUUCUAGAAGAUUUCGGGCAGACGGUUGAUCUCACUCGCCGCAUCCGCGAGGUUCUGCUGAACUAUCCGGAGGGAACCACGGUCCUCAAGGAGCUCGUACAGAAUGCAGACGACGCCGGCGCCACCACCGUCUCGCUCUGCCUCGAUCGCCGCACCCACCGCGGCGACUCGCUGCUCACGAACUCUCUUGCUCAGUGGCAGGGACCCGCUCUGCUGGCCUACAACAACGCCGUUUUCACCGAGGACGAUUUCGUCAGCAUCUCCAAGAUCGGCGGAAGCGCCAAGCAUGGACAGGCCUCCAAGACCGGUCGCUUCGGGGUUGGCUUCAACUCAGUGUACCAUUUGACAGAUCUUCCCUCUUUUGUGAGCGGCAAAUAUGUUGUAUUGUUUGAUCCUCAGGGUGCUUAUCUUCCAAGAGUUUCUGCAGCAAAUCCCGGGAAGCGGAUUGAUUUCACUGGCUCAUCUGCCCUCUCCUUUUACAGGGACCAGUUUUCCCCAUAUUGUGCUUUUGGUUGUGACAUGCAAAGUCCUUUUUCUGGAACACUGUUCCGUUUUCCUUUGAGAAAUGCAGACCAGGCAGUCAGAAGUAAGCUCUCAAGGCAAGCAUAUUCACCAGAAGACAUUUCCUCCAUGUUUGUUCAACUCUUCGAAGAAGGAGUUUUGGCACUUCUGUUUCUUAAGAGUGUGCUGUGCAUUGAAAUGUAUUUGUGGGAUGUUGGAGAAUCUGAACCUAAGAAAAUUCAUUCAUGUUCUGUCAGUUCAGUAUCUGAUGAUACAGUUUGGCAUCGACAGGCACUGGUCAGAUUGUCUAAGCAUUUAAAUACUACAGCUGAAAUGGAUGCAUUUCAGUUGGACUUUGUAAGUGAGAGAAUAAGUGGUGAUGAAGCUAAGAGGCAAACCGAGAGAUUUUAUGUGGUGCAAACCAUGGCCGCAGCAUCAAGUAGGAUUGGCUCUUUUGCUACUACUGCAUCAAAAGAUUAUGACAUUCACUUGCUGCCAUGGGCAUCAAUUGCGGCAUGCAUUUCUGAAAAUUUAUCGAAU